AUCAAAGCUGUCAUGCUUAUGUCAGCGACGUGUUUCUAAACGAAAAUUUCUCAUAACCCACUUGGGAGCUUUAUUUUCUUUAUUGUGUUUUUGGUAUGUUUGUGUUGCGUUUUAGCUCAUAUUGUGUGAGAAGAAGGUCUCGAGCAGGUUGAAUUACCAAUAAAAUGCCAUCUUAAGUAAAUAUGGUGAUUAUAAAUUGACUGUGAACAUCUUGAAAUUAAUGGAGCUGAAGGUCUGGGUCGAGGGAAUACAAAGGAUUGUUUGUGGGGUUACAGAGACUACAACCUGCCAGGAUGUAGUUUUUGCAUUAGCUCAUGCCACUGGCAAAGUGGGCAGAUUUACGCUUAUUGAGCGGUGGCGGAAUAAUGAACGACUACUGGCACCCCAGGAAUACCCUCUAAAGAUCUUAAUGAAAUGGGGUGAAUAUUCCAAUGACAUUCAAUUCAUAUUAAGAAGAUCAGAUUCUGGCAACAACUCGAAACCUUCACAGCCAAGCAACAGCUCUAGAUCACCUAUUGGAAAUGGCGGACACAACACAUCAAACCCCAACAUACUGGACAGCCAGAACUCACCAAAUAGAAUGACCACAACUCCAACAUACAGUAAUGUGAACAACACAUCUCCUGGAAACCCUGUUGGUGUGGUCAAGGGAGUGCAACAAGCCAAAACACCCGAGUCUGACAGCCCUGUGCUUAAAGAUGUCCCGCCCUACAGAGAACCACCACCGCCAUAUCGAUCUCCACCGCCGCCAACGCAAGCCAUUAGAAAGUCCCCAAAUCGGUCUCGAUCAAACAGACCAACGCAUAUGUCACCAGUGAACUUACCUGAAGAGAACCAGGAUAACAGGAGCCCUGAGGCGGUCAGCUAUAACACGCAGUACAGAGAGCUUGUAUCCCUGGUUAACUAUCAAAGAGAGAAGUUGUCAAGCCAGCAGGUUGAUCUUAUAAAGUAUGACGCUGAGAUCGGUUACUGGGAAAACAAAGGUCGGGAGCAAGAGCGACAGGUCGAGUUACUGCAGCAGCAGAUUAGUUCGGCCGAUAACCAGCUGAGAAUUAGCACGGAGCAGGUACAAGCGCUAACAUACGUUGAAGAGGAAAGUGAAAUAGUGAAACAAAAUGAGAAGACAAUAAAGUCUGAGAUUGUGUUGGUGCGGUCAAAGCUCGCGAACUGCGAAACCGAGCUGUUACAGUGCAAGAACAAGAUUCGCAAGCUGAUGGAGGAGAUUCAUAAUGAGCAAAGACUUAUGAAUAGUCGUCAGCAAGAAAAUAGGCAAGCACUGGAGCGCUCAAUGCUCGCUGAAAUGGAGAGUUUGCAGAGUCAAAUACAACAAGCGAAACACGCGACUGAAAUUAACAAUCUGACCGCGGAGAAUCUGAAGAGGGAGGUCGGAGUGCUAGAGAAUGCCAUAAUGGAGAAGAAGCGUCAAGUGGAGCGGCUGGUGCAGGAGAUGAAGGAAGCUAACUUACAGAGCCUUACUGGCAGCGUGGAUGAGUUGCGGCAUCCUUUGGACGGGCUGUGUAAAGCAGGCAGCGCACGCAGGAUCAUAGGUUCCCCGAGGCAACUCGAAAACGCUGCACCCACCAAUAAGAAUCCUCACGGUGUAUGGGUAUAACGUCCUAUAACCUCUACACUGACAGCGGCCAUUACAAGUUCCCCCUAAUUAUAUGCAACGGCCUAAUUUAAGUAGCGAAGAAGUAUAGAUCAAAUAGAUAUAAUUUUCAUUAGGUUUCUGAAUCGAAUGUUAAAUGUACUUUGAAUGUCUGAGCAUUUGUUUAAAAAAUCUCUUGACUAACAUUAAAAUAUAAUAUUUUGAAUGAAAUUGUGUUCUUUUAUAAAUAGUUGUUUCUGUAAUGUGAUAGCUUUAUUCCCCCGAAUCUCUCGAGUUCAAUGUUUGAUUCAGAAAUGUAAACUAGUGCUGCUGUAAUGCACGAUAUUAUUUUGUGGUACUCCUGUAGCUGUAUGGUAGCGGUUAAUUUAUUAGAAGAUAUUUGUGUUCAAAUUAGUGUCAUAUUUAUAAUUAUUACUUUGUCACAAAUUUAUUGUUACAUAAGCGUGUAUUGGAAUAUGAAAGUGUACUUAAAAGUAUCGGCUUGAUAUUUUUAUCUUACACAAAAAGUAUUAUUUAUCUUGCCGUUUAGUUAAUGUUUAUUAGAUAUUGGAGUUGAUGGUACAAAUUCAUCAAAAUGUUCAAUAUUAUUUUUAUAUUUUUGUGUGUUGUGUUUUGUGUGAUGACAAUGCAAUGCGGUUUGUAAACACGUAGGUUUUUUAUUAACACUAGACAGUUAGAUUUGCAUUUUAUCCUACAAUCCUAAUUCUGUGACGGGGAGAAUCCCAUCUAUUGUUUUGUGAAUGUUGGUCAAGCCGUAGGUUGCGCCAUUUGGGUAAUAGAGUAAAACAUUGGACCGAAUAUGUUUAUAAGUAUUUUAUCGGCGCGUAUGGAUGGUUUACUGCACAUUUAAUCUUACCAUUUCAAACUUAUUAUAAACUAUGCAUAAGCGUGUACUUCAAUAUCUUAAUCUAUACUACCUAUAUUAUUGUAAAGGAUCAUGUUUAAAGUAUGUACCUACACUACGAUGAAUAUGCAAUAUAGAAAUACUUAAUUAUAAUAAUAAAUCUAGUCGAAAGUUUAAGCCAUUGCAAUAUUUUAUAAACCAAUAUUAACCUUGAUUUUAGAAGCAUUUUAAAUAAUAAUGGCAUUUAUGACAAAUCAAAUUAUUAAUAUUAUAGCGUAAUAGAUGUAGUAUGUACAAACUACAUAAUUAUUUAGAAUUUGUGUGAGACUUAUCUGAAAGUAUUAUAGUAUGAAUUUAUUUCUUGCAUGGUUACUAAUUGUAAUUAAACGAUUUGUGUAUAUUCAUAUCUGAAAUAAAGGACAUAUUGUAUACCGA